AUGUCUCAUGUACUUUGCGCUCAGCUGAUAGCGCUCAAUUUUCUUCUACAUAAGUUCCCCGAAACCAAAAGCCAAAAACGGAAGAGUCAACCUACCUCAUCCAAUAAACAAUACAAAUUGCCAUUCUCGACAGAGCGCGAGUUGGUGGAGAUACUAUCCUAUCUUUCCAAGAGUCGGGAUGGUUCAGAUUACAUCCCAUCGGUCUGCGUGGAGCAAGAUCGGGCUGCUAGUCACUUAAAGGUCCUUCUGGCUGUCAACAAAUGUACCUGGAAUGACGGUGAUGAUAUACUUCGAUCCAUAAAAGCACGAUUUGAAGUCAUUUUCGAUAUUCUUCGUAACGCAGAAUUUGAUCGCCGCGCAAGAUCCACAGAAACCAGAGAGGAAAUCCUUGAAUCAAUCGUUGCAAUGUGCUCCCCAAGAAUUCUUUGUCGGCUACGUCUGACUCCAAGCAAAAGAAAUGGGAUUAGGCCAUCAAUCAAAGAGUUAUUGCAAGUAGCAAUAGAUGGUGUUGGGCGAAUAAGCCCCCAAAAAUUCCGAGAUUCAAGCUUCACCGCCACCUCAUGUCGGUUUAUAUCGCUUUCAAAGGAAGCUGUUCGGCUGGUGAAUAAUUGGCUUAAUCAUCGGGUGCAAUCUCGCCUUACUGAGCUUUUGGGGCUGAUUCGACGUUUGAAUGAAAUACCAAACUUAUCCGAUCUCUUGCACCUUAUUCCGACUGGUUUACAUGGAGUUGUUCAGGAUUCAAACUUUGCAAGCUGCCUCUGCAACAUCAUCAGGAAAGUGUCAAGAUAUCAUGAGGCAGCUAGAAUCUUAUACCACAUCGCCAAAAGACACCCCGUGGUGCGAAAUAUGAAGCUUCAGCUAGCUACCCUCCCCCAAGUGGCAUACGACAGGCUUAAUAGCCCCAGCCACGUCGCGAAACUCGAGGAUUUGGUACCACUGCUAGGCAUCAUUAAUGGUCACCGUUAUGAUGUUUCCCAGAUAUCGCGAUGCAUGGCACCCUCUAAGAUUAAGUUUUCCCAUGAGAUGUUUUCACAAGAAACACAGAAAGCCUUGGAAGAGUCAAAGAUCCACUCCGAAAUACAGCUAAUCGCCUUUUGUGAGAUUGAGUCGUCACCUGAAUUGUUUCCACGUGUCAUUGCGUCAAGCAAAGACGCCUGCUUUCUUUGCAAUGCUUUUAUAAAAACGCAUGGCAAGAUGCACACAUCACGAACCCAUGGGAGAUUAUACCCCGGAUGGAGAUUACCCAAUCUUUUGCAAAUGAAGGGGUUGCAGGAGGAACUCAAUCAAGUGCUUUUGAACCUGGCUCGAAACACUAUAGGUGCGAGAAUUGUUGGUCACAAACAUAUCCAUCCUCAACCCCCUUACGAAAGCACUCUACUGCCACUUUCGCUUUCGCCAACGACAAGAAGUUCUUUCUCUUUACAUCUUUCUUCACGAAAUCUACAGCCCACUGCGGUUGGAGAGCCUAUCGCAAAGAAGCUUUUGUCGUCAACAGAACCUGUGCCUGUGAGCCACAAAAUAGGAUCGGUAGAAGGUUUUCCGUGCAUCCUAUGCACCAGCGAAGAAGCGACUUUUGUUUCCGGCUCCCUUGAAGUCCAUAUUUAUAUGGAAACCACACCAGGCUCAUGUUUGACGCCUCAUUCAAUUAUAUACAGUAUUGAAAGAAUUGACAAUGGUGGAGAUGAGAGACUGCCAGAUGGAUCGCUCGUCAUUGAUCCACUAGGAUUGACAAAGGAAACCCUAUAUGAACUGCCGGUGGAUAAUGCCUUUUACAUUUCUUGCCAAGACGUGACCUUGAAGCUCGAGUCGUUUCCUACAUCUGUUGGUUGA